ACCCCCUAACACAGUUUAAGCUAACGUUUUUCUUGGCUUGCUUCAUCUCAUCUCCAUGGCGGGUCUUGCAUUUCCCUUGGUGACUUCAAUUCUCAAGUCUCAUAAUACUCGUUUCUCUUUCCUCCUCACGGCCAGGCCUCCCGCCCCUGUCCUCCUUCGCCGGCGUUUUUUAUCCCGGACCGCCAUCUCCGCCGUGAACACUCAUUCAGUCUCCCACAACUGCUCCGCGGGCCACGAUUCUGAGAAUCAAAAGAAGUCCUCAGCUCCCACUUUCCAACAAGCCAUCCAGCGCCUCCAGGAGUAUUGGGCUUCUGUAGGAUGCGCUGUGAUGCAGUGCAGCAAUACUGAGGUUGGAGCAGGGACAAUGAAUCCACUGACAUUUUUAAGAGUACUAGGUCCAGAGCCAUGGAAUGUUGCCUAUGUGGAACCUAGUAUUCGACCAGAUGAUAGCCGUUAUGGUGAAAAUCCUAAUAGGCUUCAACGGCAUACUCAAUUUCAGGUUAUAUUGAAGCCUGACCCUGGGAAUUCACAGGAUCUUUUCAUCCGGAGUUUGUCAGCCCUAGGAAUUGAUGUUAAUGAGCAUGACAUUCGCUUUGUUGAGGACAACUGGGAAAGCCCAGUGCUUGGUGCUUGGGGUUUGGGUUGGGAAGUCUGGAUGGACGGGAUGGAAAUUACUCAAUUCACUUACUUCCAACAGGCUGGAAGUAUCCAGUUGAUGCCAAUAUCUGUUGAGAUCACUUAUGGCCUUGAGCGUAUCCUUAUGUCACUUCAGGGAGUUGAUCAUUUCAAAAAUAUUCAAUAUGCCAAUGGGAUAACAUAUGGAGAACUUUUCCUGGAAAAUGAGAAGGAAAUGAGUGCAUAUUAUCUGGAACAUGCUACUGUCGAUCAUAUUCAAAAGCAUUUUGAUUUGUUUGAAGCAGAAGCUCGACGUUUGCUUGAUUUAGGCCUUCCGAUACCUGCGUAUGAUCAGGUUUUGAAGACAUCCCAUGCUUUUAAUGUAUUAGACUCUAGAGGGUUUGUUGGGGUAACAGAACGUGCUCGCUAUUUUGGUCGGAUGCGCAGUUUAGCUCGUAACUGUGCACAACUUUGGUUAAAGACAAGGGAGACUCUUGACUACCCACUUGGGGUGAUAUCUCAGCCAGACCGUCUUGUUAUUCCAAGGGAAGACCUGAAAGCCGCAGCAGGACAGGUGCCUGAAGAGAAACGUCUCUUUGUUCUUGAGAUUGGGACGGAAGAGUUGCCUCCUAUUGAUGUAGUGAAUGCAUGCAAGCAACUCAAAGAUCUAAUUUUUCAGUUACUAGACAAACAUAGAUUGGCUCAUGGAGAAGUCCAAACAUAUGGCACACCACGUAGACUUGUGGUUCAUGUUCAAAACUUAAGUUCUAAGCAGGAGGAGGUUGAGAUUGAGGUCCGAGGGCCUCCAGUUUCCAAAGCAUUUGAUAACCAGGGAAAUCCUACAAAGGCUGCAGAAGGUUUUUGCCGCAAGAAUAAUGUCCCCAUACACUCUAUGUACAAACGAGCUGAAGGUAAAACAGAGUAUGUCUAUGUUCGUAUAGUGGAGCCUGCACGGCUUGCUCUAGAGGUUUUAUCUGAAGAGCUACCUGGGGCAAUAGCCAAGAUAUCAUUUCCCAAAUCGAUGCGUUGGAACUCUGAUGUUCUCUUCAGCAGACCUGUUCGUUGGAUUUUGGCCCUUCAUGGAGGUGUUCUAGUUCCCUUUACGUUUGCUGGCGUUGUGAGUGGAAAUGUGUCUCAUGGUCUGCGUAAUACUGCAUCAGCUACUGUAGAGGUAGUAGAUGCAGAAUCUUAUGGUGGUGUGAUGCAAUCUGCUGGAAUAUUUGUUGAUGUUGAGCAUCGCAAGAAGACAAUACUGGAGCAGUCUAAUGCUCUUGCAAGGAGUGUAAGUGGUUGUACUAUUAUGCAGAAUGAUUUGCUUGAAGAGGUUGUAAAUCUUGUUGAGGCACCUGUGCCAGUACUUGGCAAAUUUAAGGACUCCUUCUUAGAGCUACCUAAAGAACUAUUGAUAAUGGUCAUGCAGAAGCACCAGAAAUACUUUGCAGUGACUAAUGAGAAUGGGGAUCUGUUGCCUUACUUCAUUUCUGUUGCAAAUGGAGGAAUUAAUGAAACGGUGGUGAGGAAAGGAAAUGAAGCUGUACUAAGAGCUCGAUUUGAAGAUGCAAAGUUUUUCUAUGAAUUGGACAGAAGUAAAAGGUUUUCUGAAUUUCGAACUCAACUGAAAGGGAUUCUUUUCCAUGAGAAGCUGGGAACAAUGCUGGAUAAGAUGACUCGGGUCCAACACAUGGUUAGUGAAGUUAGCUCGUCUCUGGGUGUAAUUGAAGAAACACUCAAAAUUAUCCAAGAGGCAGCAUCACUGGCCAUGUCAGAUCUUGCUACAGCAGUUGUUACUGAGUUUACUUCCCUCUCUGGGAUAAUGGCACGCCACUAUGCUCUGAAAGAUGGCUAUUCAGAGCAGGUUGCAGAGGCAUUAUUAGAGAUCUCACUUCCACGAUUUUCAGGGGAUGUAGCCCCAAAAAGUGAUGCUGGGACAGUAUUAGCAAUUGCUGACAGGUUGGAUAGCCUUGUUGGCUUGUUUGCUGCUGGUUGUCAACCAAGCUCCACUAACGAUCCAUUUGGACUGCGGAGGAUUGCUUAUGGUCUUGUGCAACUUCUGGUUGAGACCAACAAAAAUGUGGAUUUAAGACGAGCUUUGCUACUUGCUGCUGCUGUUCAGCCCAUAAAAGUAGAUACCAAGACAAUUGAUGAUGUACAUCAAUUUGUGACCCGAAGGCUAGAACAAUUCCUGAUGGAUAAAGGUAUAGGCCCUGAAGUAGUUCGAUCUGUUCUUGUGGAGCGUGCAAAUUGGCCUCGUUUGGCAACCAAGUCGGCUCUUAAAAUGGAAUCCUUGUCAAAGGGUGACCUUCUGCCUAAGGUUGUGGAAGCGUAUUCUCGUCCAACAAGGAUCGUACGUGGAAAGGAUAUGAAUGCUGAUGUGGAGGUGGACGAAACAGCUUUUGAAGCAAACGAGGAGCGUGCUCUUUGGAGCACUUUUGUAUCAUUAAGAAGCAAAAUUCAUCCCGAAAUGGAAGUGGAUGAUUUUGUCAAAGCAUCUCUUGAACUUGUAGAUCCACUCGAGAAUUUCUUCAAUCACGUGUUUGUAAUGGUGGACGAUGAAAGAAUCCGAAACAACAGGCUUGCCCUGCUCAAGAAAAUUGCGGACCUCCCAGUUGGAAUCGCAGACCUCUCGGUCUUGCCAGGAUUCUGAAUGCGGGGUUAUGUUAGAGUUGCGCCCGAAAAGCUACAUUAAGUUAGUAUGUUUGUUUUCCCUCUCUUUGUCGAUAAGCAUUGUUUUUACGUGAUUUGUUUAAAACAAUGAUUUGUUCAAAACGAUUUUUAUGAACAUUUUGUCAGUCCCUAAGAAGAGAAAAUGAGCAGUUGUAUACUUGUAUCAUCAAUUUUGUUUGCAAAGACUUCAAAAUUUGUUAGAGGCACAGAGGGGGACUGACAUUUGAAUACUCAUCAUAUCAUAUACAAGUUUGCAAAGCCUUCAACUUUUGUUUCGCUUGA